CUUAGCUAAAUUUUGGCAUUAAAUUUCGAGAAAUUAUAUGAAAUUUGACCAUUUUCAAACUCUGUUAAAAAUAUUCUUGGAAUAGUAAAAGAAAUAUUCAGUUGGAAAGCGACAAGUGACUGAAACGGAUGCGAGUUUUAGAACGUUUGAAAUGUAUUUAAACUAAAUAAAAUAGCAAACAGUGUUUCUUUCAGUAAUAAUUGCCGAAAAUUCGAUAAUUCAAAAAAAUCACGCAAAAAACACACGAACCACAAAACCGAAAUUCAUAUUUGGCGGCAACAAGUGUUCGGCAUCAACUGCGAAUGGACGCGUUCAACGCGUCACCGACCGGAGUGAAGUUGCAGCGGCAUGCGCUCGAUUGUUUGACAAGCCGCUAUUUUCACAGCAGCAGCAGCAGUAGCAGCAGCUGCUCUCUCAAACAAACGUAUGAGUGGAUCGAAAUAGGCAGCAUUUGUCGCACGCUCUAUUAAGACACACAGUGGCUAUUUUGUUUGUGGAUUUUGUCGAUUGAUUAUUGAGUUUUAUUAAUAAAAAAAAAAGUGUUAAAACACCAUGUCCGAAGACGAGCAUACCAACGGGGCAAUGGAAACAAAUGAAAAUUCGGAUAGCAAUGAGAAUUCGAAUGACGUUCAACCGACGGAACCAGAACAGAAUGAAGCCGAAUUGGAUAACAAAGUCGAGAAAGAUCGCACCAAUCGUUUCAAUUAUCUAUUGAAACAAACGGAGAUUUUUACCCAUUUUAUGACCAACACCGGACCAAAAUCACCAACUAAAGUGAAAACCGUUGGACGACCCAAGAAAAAUAAAGAAGUCGUCGACCCCGGAGACCAUCGUCACCGUAAGACCGAACAAGAAGAAGAUGAAGAACUUUUGGCCGAAGCUAAUCAAGCAUCAUCGCAGGGAUUUCGAUUCGAAGAGUCACCACCGUACAUUGAGAACGGUGAGAUGCGUGACUAUCAAGUCCGUGGCCUAAAUUGGAUGAUUUCAUUGUAUGAAAACGGCAUCAACGGUAUUUUGGCCGAUGAAAUGGGUUUGGGUAAAACUCUACAAACCAUCGCGCUGAUUGGAUAUUUGAAGAAUCUCAAAAAAGUGAAUGGUCCGCACAUUGUGAUCGUGCCAAAAUCGACGCUUCAGAAUUGGAUGAAUGAGUUCGGAAAGUGGUGUCCAUCGGUGAAGGCGGUCUGUUUGAUUGGUGACCAAAAUUCACGUUCCGAGUUCAUCCGUGAUGUGUUGCUAUCGGGCGAUUGGAAUGUAUGCGUCACAUCGUACGAAAUGUGUAUUCGUGAGAAGAGUGCACUGAAGAAGCUGUCAUGGCGUUACAUGGUCAUCGAUGAGGCGCAUCGUAUUAAGAACGAAAAAUCGAAGUUAUCCGAAAUUUUGCGUGAAUUUAAAACGACAAAUCGUCUGCUCAUCACCGGAACACCGUUGCAAAAUAAUUUGCAUGAAUUGUGGGCAUUGUUGAAUUUCUUGCUGCCCGACGUGUUCAAUAGCGCCGACGAUUUCGAUGAAUGGUUCAAUACGAAUCAAUGUUUGGGCGAUGAUACAUUGGUGAAACGUUUACACGCUGUGCUGCGUCCAUUUUUGCUGCGUCGUUUAAAAUCGGAAGUGGCCAGUGAAUUGAAGCCGAAAAAAGAGAUCAAAAUUUUCGUCGGCCUAUCAAAAAUGCAGCGCGAAUGGUAUACAAAAAUUCUGAUGAAAGACAUUGGUGUGGUGAACGGAGCAGGCAAAUGUGAGAAGAUGCAAUUGCAGAAUAUUUUGAUGCAGUUGCGAAAAUGUACCAAUCAUCCAUAUCUGUUUGAUGGAGCUGAGCCUGGUCCACCAUACACCACUGACACACAUUUAGUGUUCAACAGCGGCAAAUUGGUUGUGUUGGACAAACUAUUGCCGAAGCUGCAGGCACAACAAUCGCGUGUAUUGAUUUUCAGUCAAAUGACACGUAUGUUGGACAUUCUGGAGGAUUACUGUCACUGGCGUCAAUUCCAAUACUGUCGUUUGGACGGUAAAACCGCGCACGAAGACCGUGAUCGCUACAUCAGCGAAUACAAUGCCGAGGGAAGCCAAAAGUUUAUUUUCAUGUUGUCAACACGUGCCGGUGGUUUGGGUAUUAAUUUGGCCACCGCCGAUAUUGUUAUCAUUUUUGACUCUGAUUGGAAUCCACAAAUGGAUUUGCAGGCCAUGGACCGUGCCCAUCGUAUCGGUCAAAAGAAACAGGUGCGCGUGUUCCGUUUUGUUACCGAGAACACGGUCGAAGAGAAGAUUGUUGAACGUGCGGAAAUCAAGUUGCGCCUUGACAAAUUGGUCAUUCAGCAAGGUAAGCUGGUCGAUAGCAAAUCGGGUCAAUUGAACAAGGAUGAAAUGUUGAGUAUGAUUCAGCACGGUGCCAAUCAUGUGUUUGCAUCGAAAGAUUGCGACAUCACGGACGAAGAUAUUGACCAGAUUUUGGACAAAAGUGAAGAGAAAACGGCCGAGCAGAAGAAGAAAUUGGAUGAAUUGGGCGAGAGUUCAUUGCGUGGCUUCACACUUGAUACAGCCGAAAAAGGUCAUAACAUUUAUCAGUUUGAGGGUGAAGAUUUCCGUGAAAAAGCCAAAGUAAACAUUGGCAACUGGAUCGAACCACCGAAACGUGAACGUAAAGCUAAUUAUGCCGUUGAUGCAUACUUUCGUGAUGCAUUGCGAACAUCAGAGCCGAAAGCACCAAAGGCACCACGUCCACCAAAACAACCAAUCGUUCAAGAUUUCCAAUUCUUUCCACCACGUUUGUUUGAGUUACUCGACCAAGAGAUUUACUAUUUCCGUAAAACUGUCAAUUACAAAGUUCCACGCAAUCCAGAUCUGGGCAGUGAAGCGGCUAAAGUACAACGCGAAGAACAACGAAAAAUUGACGAGGCUGAACAAAUCACUGAAGACGAGAUCGCUGAGAAAGAAUCAUUGAUGAGCCAAGGGUUCACUAAUUGGACGAAACGAGAUUUUAGCCACUUUAUUCGAGCCAAUGAGAAAUAUGGCCGUGAAGAUAUUGAAAACAUUGCCAGAGAUGUCGAAGGGAAGACACCCGAAGAGGUCAUUGAAUACAGCCAAGUGUUUUGGGAACGAUGCCAAGAAUUGAACGAUAUCGAACGUAUUAUGAAACAAAUUGAACGAGGUGAAUCGAAAAUUCAUCGACGUGCAUCCAUUAAGAGAGCGUUGGAUAUUAAGAUGCAACGUUACUUGGUCCCAUUCCAUCAGUUGAGAAUUUCGUACGGAACGAACAAAGGUAAAAAUUACACUGAAGAAGAGGAUCGAUUCUUGGUGUGUAUGUUGCACCAACUUGGUUUCGACAAGGAGAAUGUGUACGAAGAACUGCAAGCGGCGAUUCGAAAUUCGCCACAAUUCCGUUUUGAUUGGUUCCUGAAGUCGCGCAAAGCGGCCGAAUUGCAGCGGCGAUGCAACACUCUCAUCAUGUUGAUCGAACGUGAGAACCAGGAGUACGAAGAGCGUGAGCGUCUCGAAAAGAAGAAGAAAUCCGUCAAAGAGAAUGUCACAGUGACAAAUGGCGCUAGCAACGGUGUCUCUCCCGCAAUGAGGGCCAGCCAAAAACGCAAAGCCGACACAUUGAACGACAGCAGAACGGGCAAGAAGAAAAAGAAAUAAACGAAAUGAACAACAACAAAAAAACACUUCCAACCAAACAUGGACACAUUCUCAGGGACGCAACAAUUAUCCUUUUAAAUUCCUAACAAUUAAUUUUGUUUUAGUUUAGAACACACAGAAUUGUUCAGUUUCGUGCAAUUUCUGUUUAGAGAUUCACUUCUUUCUUAUUUUACGUUUUGAGUUUUAAGACUGAAUUUAUUUUAUGUACUUACACAAAAAAAGAGGCCUGAUGAAAUAACCAUGGAUAUUUCUGUUUCUCAGGAUAUGAUUAGAGCUUAGUUCACAAUUGCACAAUAGUUCAUUUCCAAAAUAUUAGGUUUCCUCAUAUCGGAACCCCCCUGUUUCGAACUACCCCUAUAAUAUUAAUUAAUCAAUCGAUUUAUUUAUGUUUAAACUGUCUUUGUGUCCAGUAUUCCAAUAACAUAUGGAUUAAUAACAUAUAUACGAGUGUCUGACUUUUGACAUCCUACUUUUAUGAAGUGAACAAAUAAAUUAUGACUUUUUAACUGCAGCCAGCAA